CCCUGAGUCAGUCCGGCCGCCACCAGCUUUCAGACACACACCACCUUCAACAGCGAGACGGAUCCAGUUUUGCUUAACAGGAGGCAAGGAUCUUGGUUGCCAUGGCAUCGACCAAUGAGAGCGGGGAGCGCAGGGAUCAGACGGUUCCCAAUGGAGACGAGGAGGAAAAGGAGGAGGAGGAGGAGGGGGAGAGUGUCCGAGGAAUCCAGUCUCAUUAUCUCCGCUGUGCGUCUCCCAGUUUCUCCAUGGUGUCAGACUCCAGGUUCUCCAUGAUCUCCGGCUCCGACGCUGCGAGCAUCUUCAUGGAGCCCAUCCACCUCUCAUCAGCCAUCGCCGCCAAGAAGAUCAUCAACGAGGAGCUGCCGCCUCGUGGCGUGCGCACCGAGUCCAUCCCGGAGUCCAUGCUGGAAACCGCCGAGCAACUGAUGGUGGAAGACCUGUACAACCGCGUCAGGGACAUGAUUGACGACCGCAGCCCCUACAACACCCCCUGUGUGCUGGACAUCCAGAGGGCCAUGGUGCAGGACCGCCUGGAGGCCCCCUCCAACCCCGUGGACGAGGUGUGGCCCAGCAUCUUCAUCGCCGAGAAAACUGUUGCGGUCAACAAGGCUCGUCUGAAGCGAAUGGGAAUCACCCACAUCCUCAACACCGCCCACGGCACAGGGGUCUACACAGGGGAGUCUUUCUACGCAGGCAUGAACAUCCAGUACAUGGGCAUCGAGGUGGACGACUUCCCCGACUCCGACAUCUCGGUGCACUUCAGGCCCACCGCCGAAUUCUUGGAUGAAGCUCUGCUGACGCACAAAGGGAAGGUUCUUGUGGUUUCCAUGAUGGGCGUCAGUCGCUCUGCUGUCCUGGUGGCGUCCUACCUGAUGAUCUUCCAGCACAUGUCCAUCAUGGAGGCCCUGACUUCCAUGAGGAAAAAACGUGCCAUCAACCCCAACGAGGGCUUCCUGAAGCAGCUGCGAGAGUUGAACGAGAACCUGAUGGAGGAACGCGACGACGAUGACGAAACACUCAGCCAGUGUUCUGUCAUCGACGCUCGCACACGUGCUCGCAUCUUUGGCGAGGGCGGGGAUGAUUAUGAUGAUGAUGAUGAUGAUACAGAUAAAGAGGAAGACGAGAGCAUGAUCGAGGUGAAAGCGCAGUCCAUCAUGAUGGAGGAGGAGGAGGACGGAGCCAGCGUGAUGAGCAGCGUCGCCUCUUCUGCAGCUGCUGCGGCGCUCAGGAGUGGAUUGAUCGGAGCGCAGAACGGGCUGGACAACCAGGCAUCAACCGGCGUUCAAGAAAAGCUUGUUCUCCCUGAGCAGGAGGGCGGCGAAGACGGAGACGAUGAUGACGGUUUGGGCAGCAUGAUCCGCGAGUGGCAGCGGAGAAACGAGGUGUACCAGAGUGACGAGUGGUGGGAGGCGCAGUUGAACAGCGACGGGGAAGAUGGGGAAUCUCUUGCCGGGGGCCGACCAAGGAAGCCCGGAGGAGGUGGAGAUGCUGACGUGGACAGCGUCACCAGCGAGGACGUACGAGCUGUGAAGGAGCGGGUGAAGCGUCGCAACAGACGUCCUCCCUCCGACGCGAUGUCCACCUCCAGUUGCACAAGUUACUCCGACCUUUGGAAACAGAGGCUGAAGGAGAUUGAGGAACAAGCCGCCGCUCGCUAUCGCAAGAAAGAAGACGACGAUGGCAGCGAGAGCACCGCUACAGAGGAAGGAGAAGGAGGAAAGAAGAAGAUUAAUGAUGAUGUGGAAAGCCUCCUCUCCGACACCAGCUCCAUGUACAACUUUUGCCAGAGGAACAAGGAGAAGAUGACGCCUUUGGAGCGCUGGCGCAUCAAGAGGAUCCAAUUUGGCUGGAACAAGAAAGAUCGGGAGGACGGAGAGAAAAGUUCAGUCGGCGAUGGUGAUGGCGAGGAAGAGGCCAAGACGCCAUCCUUCCAAGAGGUCAACCUGACGGCCUAUCAGGCAUGGAAGCUGAGGCAGCAGAAGCGAUACGGGGAGGAGAACACGGAUGAGAUUUUGGAGAUGAGUCGGGGUGAAGACUCUGCGACGGUCAAACGGAGGCAGAGGCGUGAGGAGAUUCUGGAGCGUGCAAAGAAGAAUCUAGAAGAGAGUCAGUCCAUGUGUGGCUGGGAGAACGAGAGCUGCGUCAGCGGAGGGACGAUACCGCUCUCGGCCUUCUGGGCCGGAGCCGGAGUCAUGGGUCCGCCAAGCGUCGCCAACGAUGACAACAUGUCGAUGCUCAGCGGCAGGUCAUCUGUCAUAUCUUCAGUUUCGCAGGCUCGCAGCACGAGAUCUGCACAAUCUGCUGCCCCAGUUAAUCCACUGACACCAGUCCCUCCCAUCCUACCAGUUCCAACUGCACAGGGCCCUGGAGGUGAGCCAAUGGUCAAUCUGGCCAGCAUCCAAAACUGGAUCGCUAACGUCGUCUCUGAAACCAUCAAACAGAAGCAGAGUGAGAUGAGCCUGCCUCCUCCAUCACGUGCGGGAUCGGAGCUUAGCUUCGGCGGUGCAUCAAGCGUGAUUUCUGGCCGGGGCGUAGACGAUGACAAAGCAUCAAUGUUGAGCGGCGCUUCCUACUCCAGCGCUCUAUCACAGGGUCAAGGCAGGGCGGCGUCGGUCCUCUCAGGUGGUGGGUCCAGCAGCAUCUCCGGCCUCACUGGAAGAGGCUCGGCGCUGGGCUCCACACUUGGCUCCACACUUGGCUCCACACUGGGCUCCAGCCUGGGCUCCAAGAAGAAAAUCACCACCACCAGCGUCCCUCUUUUCAGCCUCUUCCAGGACCAAGUCAACCUGAGCAAACUGGAUGCCAUGGACAAGGAGAUCAAGUCCGAGAUGAGGGGCAAGAUGGCAACCUAUGAAAAGAAGAAGAUCCUGGAGGACAACAAGCGCAGCACUCUCUACAAGAAGAAGAAACCGAAGGAGGACGAAGACGAGGAGGAGGAGAGAAAGAUGAAAGAGGAGGAGUUUCUUGAGGAGGCAAAGAAAAAGGAGAAACCUGUGAGGACUUUCGGCCUCUCUGGGUGUCUGAAUCUCAACCCAGCGCUGGAGAAAGAUAAGAACACCAGCAUCGACGACUGGCUGAAAAGCGUCAGGCCUCCACCGAGGAAACCAGCCUCCGGAUCAGAAGCAAUCCCAGAAGAGGACCCCUACGACGAUGUCGACGCCUCUGCUUCUGAAUUCGACUUCUCCAGCCGCAGAGCGUCCUACGCUGCCGAUGAAGAAGACGAGGAGAGGUACGGCGUCACCUCCAGAUACAGAUCAAGAUUGCACAAUGAUCUAUCAAGUGAGGACACUUCCUGCAACGGGUUCACACAAUCCCAAAGCUACAGCCGAGCGGGAAGGUCAUAUGGCGCUUACGACGAGAGCGACGAGGGUACGGAGAGCUACCACGACUUCUCCACCAAGAGAAAAUUCACCCAUCAUUCACGAUAUGAAAGCAAUGACACGGAGGGGAGGAGCAGCAGGAGGGAGGACACCAAUGACGAGGAGGAGGAUGACAUUGCUGCCUUCAUCGCCCAAACCAGGCAGAGGGCAAGAGCUCGGGCCGCCGCCGAGGCCGAAGACGACGAGGUGCUCUCCGCCUGGAAGGUGCAGCAAGAAACAAAGUCACAGAGUAGAAGUGAAUCUUAGAGGAAAUCUUCUGAUUUAGGAGGUGCCAAAUCCUUUUUAACACAAGAAAAUACAAUAAGAGGGAAUAAUUAUGCUUUCUGAAGUAGCAGCUCUUUGACAUUUGAAGAGUUUUGUUUCCCAAAACGUUUCAUAAAUGAAUUAUUGUCAGCAAAACUCCUAAAAUCUAGAGGAAACAUAAAGUGUUGUGAGGUUGAUUAAGGACUUUUGUUAUGCUCUACUGAUCGAGAAACACUGGAAUAACUGUGCUGUUAGUGAUUUUGUGAAAGUAGAUAUCACUUGUGAUGUGUUUGGGGAAAAAAAAAAGCACUUUUGCCUUUCUUGUCAUGCAUCGAAAUCUAAAAAGGAUUCACGUUUAUCACUUGUAUUGUUAAUAACGACUAUAUUUAUGAACAGUUUAUCCCUAAAUUGACAUUGUAGUUGCACAAUCGUUGAAUGUAAAACUGCUUAUAAAACACAUGUAUUCAUUGCAUAUUUUCAUAAAAGAUUAAUUAUAUUAUUGUUGCAAUAAAUCUUCUGAUAAAUUAUAAUUGUGGUUCAUUUUCUUGUUUUUUAUUUUAACAGACAGCUGCAGGCUUAAUGGGGAAGAGUCUGC